AUGCACAUCCUAGUCGCAGUAUCCAUAGAAGAGGCUUAUUUGACGUGGAACGCUCGGUUGUGGCUAGAACCGGUACAUGUUCGAGUACCGUCUCCAACCCUGUACAGAGCCUUGAAACCUAAAAGCAAGCGCUUGGUCUGCGCGCAACAACCGCCUCGAACUAUGACGCUUCUCGACUUUAGUUCGUGGACGCCUGCAAUCCUGGUCCCGGUAGCAUUGCUUGUUCUGUACACUUUUCUCGCAGCACCUCGACUAAAGCGGAAUGGCAUCCCGCUUAAGAAGCCGCGAGAUUCGCUCCCAUUUGUCGGAAAUGGCAUCGUUUUUCUGCAGCCCCGGCAGAAGCUAUUCGCGUGGUUCCACCAGCGCGAGAGGGAAUUUGGCCUGGAGACGUACCAGAUCACGGUCCCGACGCUGCCUCCCGGUGUCGUCAUCAAUGAUCCAAGGUGCCUGGAGUAUGUCUUCAAGAACGAGGCACUUUUCAACAAGGGCGCCUUCUUCAAGGAGCGGUCUGACGACCUGUUUGGGCAUGGCAUCAUCAAUGUUGAUGGCGAACCGUGGAGGGCUCAGCGCAAAGCUGGUCUGAACUUUUUGAGCACGAGCAAUCUGCGGGUGUUAACUGAUGUGGCGCUGCCUCGUUAUCUGAACGAAAACAUCAGAUGGCUGGAAAACAAGGCGGACGGACAGACCGUGGUGGAUCUCCAGGAAGUUUUUCAUGGGAUUACUUCUCAGUUGAUGGGGAAGAUGGCGUAUAACAUGGAAAUGCACGCUGGUGACGAUUUCAGCGUUGCAUUUGACUAUGCAUCGGGGGCCACGGCCGAACGCUUCCAGAACCCUCUUUGGUUCGUUACAGAACUUUUCACAGGCUCAAAGUUACGGCGUUCUAUUGCUAUAGUAAAAGAACAUGGCCGAAAGAUAGUUGCCAAUGCAACAUGUCAUCGCACAGCUGCUGAGAAACUUUCGGAAACUUUGCCCAAGGCCAACGCAGACUCGGAACAUGAUGGUUUAGAGGAGAUAUCGGGGAGCUUGAUACAGUCUCUUCUUGACUGCAUAGGGGAUGAGAAACUGGUUGCUGAUGCUGCUCUUAAUUAUUUGUCUGCUGGACGAGACACUGUCGCCCAAGCCUUGACUUGGACAUCAUAUCUUCUCAUGCAACAUCCUGAGGUUAUUGAUCGUAUACGUGCUGAAACAGCAGAACUCACUAGCCCAAUGGAUGAUUCCGCAGGCCACAACACCACUCUGCUCAAGCCAUCUUCAGCGCCUUAUACAAUGGCAGUAUUCUACGAAACGAUGCGCUUCUACCCACCGAUACCAUUCGAGAUUAAGCAGUGCGUCCGGGAAACGACACUUCCGGACGGUACCUUUCUGCCGGCCUCGUCAGUCGUCGUUUGGUGUCCUUGGGCCAUGAAUAGGUCUAAAGCAAUCUGGGGCCCGGACGUCGACGAGUUCCGGCCAGAGAGAUGGCUAUCUGCUGACGGUAAAUCUCUUGCCGCCAGAAGCGCGGCCGAGUAUCCCGUUUUCAACGGCGGGGCUCGAAUGUGUUUGGGUAAGAAGAUGGCAGACGUCAUUGCGGUGCAAGUCCUGCCUGCAAUUGUCACGAACUUUGACUUCAGGCCUGCUUAUGACGAGCGGCAGGAAAGGCGAGACCUCGAGCACCCUUUAAUAGACCUGAUAGCACCGAGCAUUCACCGCCCGUCGUCAAUUGACCGCACGCCUCGCCGCCGCACGCUUGUGGUCAUGGUGCGCUCUCGCAGCGCGUCCUUCUCGGACGAUGACCUACAGUUCGUCAGUUCUCAAAUGCUCUCUGAGGCAGCAAAAUCCCAGCCAAAGUCUCCGCUGCAGCCAUCUCAUGGAAGCCGGGAUGCGAUCGAUAUUACGGGUAGCCCUGCACCCGAGUUUGGCAGGCCAACAAAUAUGAACUCGAAACCACAACCAAAAGCAUUUUCUUCACUCUACAAAAAGGAAAAGAAGCAGCCAAAUGUUUUCCUUCAGCCUCGGAAUCGCCCUGAACAUCACCGCGGCACCAAGGUGUCAGGGCCAAGCGCCCUCAAAUAUAACGACAUCAAAGCGCCUCCUCUUCCGUUAUACAAUUCCCUCCCUGCGCAGCGCGACAGCAAAACAGCUGGCUCAUCGGCAUACACUCAAUCAGCAGCAUUCGAUGACAAUGUUUUCUACACAGACCCAAAGAAGGCGAAUGACGAUCUCAAGGCGUUGCUAGAGGGAGGCAUGGAUGAAGAGGAACAGGACGAAAACAGCGGACAGGGAAUUGAAGCAGAGGAAAAGGUUGACGACGGUUCUCUUGAAGGCAUUACAGUCAAGCUACUGCCGCAUCAACAAGAAGGAGUGGAAUGGAUGAAGGGCCGCGAACUGGGACCUGUCAAGCGAGGUAAGGUACCCAAAGGAGGCAUCUUGGCGGACGACAUGGGUCUGGGAAAAACACUUCAGUCAAUAUCGCUCAUCGUCAGCAGUCCAAAGCCCAACAAGGAUGAAAAGGGAUGGAAGAAACACUACGAGGGAAUCGGCAAGGGGACCCUAGUGGUUGCACCUUUGGCUCUUAUUCGACAAUGGGAGGCUGAGAUUGCCGAAAAAGUCUUGCCGUCUCACAAGCUCAACGUCUGUGUCCAUCAUGGCCCCAGCCGGACGAAGAGGUACACAGAUCUGCAAAAGUACGACGUGGUCAUCACGACAUACCAGAUUCUUGUUUCAGAACAUGGCCAUUCGACUGAUGCUGUCGGUGCUGGGUGCUUCGGCAUCCACUGGUUCCGUGUCAUUCUUGAUGAAGCACAUAGCAUCAAGAACCGCAACGCGAAAGCCACGAAGGCAUGUUGUGCUCUGCGCUCAGAGUUCAGGUGGUGUCUUACCGGUACUCCGAUGCAGAACAACCUCGACGAGCUCCAGAGUUUAGUCUCGUUCUUGCGCAUUGCCCCUUACGAUGAUCUUAAACACUGGCGUGAGUACAUCGACCAACCCAUGAAGAACGGCAAAGGCCAUCUAGCCAUUCGUCGACUUCAUAGCCUGCUGCGUUGCUUCAUGAAGCGUCGCACCAAGGAUGUCCUUAAAGAGGAGGGCGCUUUGAACCCGGGUGGCAAGAAAGCACUUGAGGCGGCUGCGAAGAAGGGCGAUGGACAAAUGCCCCCUGCCCCUGCCUUCAAGGUAACAGAGCGGAAGGUUGUCACUGUUACCGCUGAGUUCUCGCCGGCAGAGCGCAAGUUCUACAACAGACUUGAGGAUCGCGCGGAUGAGAGUCUGCAGAGGAUGAUGAAGGGCAAGGUCAACUACGCCAACGCUCUGGUACUGCUACUACGUCUUCGCCAGGCAUGUAACCACCCGAGGCUGGUCGGCAUCAAGAUGGAGAAGGAAAAGGAUGCACUAUCAAUGGACACGGCCCAGCCGAUGAAAUCAGCGACCGAUGCCGACGUUGAUGCCCUUGCUGACAUGUUCGGCGGCAUGGGUGUUGAGUCUAAGCAAUGCGACGUCUGCAUGAGCAAUCUCUCGAAAGAUGAAGUCAGCGCUGGGAAAGUGGUUUGUGAGGCUUGUGAUAAGGACCGGGCCGCAUUCAACAACGAAGGGCAGGACCGUAGGCGGUCCAAGAAGGUCAAGAAGAAGAUUGUCAAGGAAGAGGUCAAGGUCGAAGUCAAGUCGCGCAAAGCGAGGCACCGACCCGCUGUGCUAGAUAGCGACGAUGAAGAAGACGAUGGCAGCUGGAUAGUCGGUGAGAAUCAAAGGGGAUCGCUCCGUCUCGGUAAAGCGGGCGGUGAGGAAGACGAGAAUUGUGAGGGUGGUGGUGAAUGGCUCAACACGGAGGACUCGAUCCAUCAUUCCGAGGAUGAAGAUGGGAGUCGCCUUGACAGUUUCAUUGUCGAUGACGAGAAGGACGACCGCUCAAAGACGCGAGAGCCCGACUCGGAGGAAGAUUCUAGCCUUGUGUCAGUCUCUAAGCUCGCCAGCAAGCAGGGCAGCCAACAAGCGGAUUCCGACUCCGACUCUGGCUCUGGUUCAGAAACCGAUUCUGAUGUAGAUUCUGGCGUUGACGAGUCCGAGUACGAUUCCGCCGAUGAUGCCUUCGCUCACGAGGAAAAUGGCCGUGUUGUCCCAUCAGCCAAAAUACGACAGCUGCUGGAGAUUCUACACAAAGAGGUCCACGAGCACAAGUUUAUUGUGUUCUCGCAGUUUACAUCUAUGUUGGAUCUGGUUGCGCCCUUCUUUGACCGAGAGGGUUUCAAGUACACACGAUACGAAGGCAGCAUGAAGAAUGACUUGCGUGAGGAAAGUCUUCACUCCCUCCGCAACGAUCCAAAGACACGCAUUUUACUGUGUAGUCUGAAGUGCGGCUCCCUAGGUCUGAACUUAACGGCAGCUACCAGGGUAGUCAUUUUGGAACCAUUCUGGAAUCCGUUUGUCGAGGAACAGGCAAUUGACAGAGUUCACCGUCUCACGCAGACGGUUGAUGUCAUUGUGUACAAGCUGACCGUCGGCAAGUCGGUCGAGGAGCGGAUUCUGGAACUGCAAAACAAGAAACGCCUGCUCGCCGAACAGGCAAUCGAGGGUGGCAUGAAGAAGAAGGAUGCCCUCAAGCUCGGUCUGCAGGAGAUGUUGGCGCUAUUCACCAGAGACAGGAGUAGCGAUAUUGGCUCGGUAGUUGAUGCAGGCGGUCGGGAAUCAAUCGGAUCAUCGAAUGGUGCGAGGAGGAAGCCGGUGCGACCUCCUGUGCCUUCAGUUUUUGAUAGGCGUUGGUGA